UCGGUUGAUAAGAAUUUGUAUUGAAAGCUCUACAACUACAUGACAAGAGCGUUCUACAAUUGUCGAUAUAUGCUCCUCUUGCUCUUUACGAGACGAGUGUCACUUGAGAAGGUCGUCCCUGCCGGAUGUAUGCGCAUGGUGCUCCGGCUUGGCCCCCAGAACCUCCGACAGAUGAAUGCAGAUCUCGAUGCCAAAAGAGGUAUCACCGUGUAUCCUCCACGGAGCAACAUCCUAAUCUUAUGCCAAGAGCCUCGCGGCAAGACGUCUACCGGUGGCAAGAUGGUUGGUAUUUGCGGCAAGAAUUGCAGCUUCGUAAACGUCCUCGCUUCCUCGGCCGUCGUCGCGUCAAGGCUGGGAGUUUAAAGCGGCUAGAGUGGUCGGCGCAAGUGUUGCUUGCAUACUUCAAACCUUGCCUAUGCACCAAGUAAACUGAGCCGUUUCAGCCUACAGUUUUCGACAGCGAUGUGGAAGUUGGCUUGGAGCAUUGCAUAAAAGUGACACCUGUACGACACUGUCCGCGAUCGAGCUUUGGGUUGUGUACAUCUCGUCAAAGGUCGCGCAACAGAAGAAUCGAAUGAGUCGAAUCGAUCAAAAAAGUAGAGCUCAGAGCCAUGAGCCGCAGAGACCAGCAACUGCCCCGCGUGUGUAAAGUUGGACAGCUAGCUCUGCGCGAUAAAGGCCGCCAAGUCCAAGACCGAGAUGCGGAUCCAUUGGCAAAGAAACAGGAUAGAGUUCAUGCAAAGAUAGAGAUGGCCGGGAGUGUCACAUCUUUGAAAUUGGGAGACACAUGUCCUUGACAUCUUGCAGAACUGGGUUAUUGCGAGACAGAG